CGGCGCGGCUGCGCCGUGCUGUGCGAGGCGGCAGCGGGCGCGGGCGCGGGAGCGGGCGUGACAGAGCAGUGGCCCCCCUCACCUGCGCGCGGUGCCGACCCCUUCCGCGCAGCCGUGGACAGCGGCGUGCGGGCAUUCGCGCUGUGCGCCGGCUGCUGGCCCUGCCCGCGCUGCCCGCCCGCGCCGGCGCCGUCGUCGCCCGCACCGUCGUCGCCCGCGCCACCCGCGCGUCGCCCGCCCUCCGUGCUGCUACGCGCCGCGCACGCCGCCUGCUGGCCCAAGGAGGCCGCCGCGCAGGAAGUGGUGGCGCAGGGCGAUGCAGCCGCGCUCAGCGCCUUCGUCGCCGACGAUGACUCAGAAAUGGAAACAAGCCCCCUUCUGCUGUCCUUGCGGUGCCAUGCUUUACAUUUGCUGGACCGUCACCGAGAAGCUCUUGCUGUAGCCGACAAAUUGAGACACAUACUUCCAUCAUGGUCUCGGGGUCAUUAUUGGCGAGGAUGCUGCUUGUUACUAGCAUGCCGACCGCAGGAAGCCCUUACAUCAUUACUUCUAGCUGUAGCACUUUCUGCGGGUCAAGCACCGCCAAAUCCAGCAGGAAUGCCAUGUCCACACACCCUCAUUCAGGCUGGUUUAGGACAGCUGUGUUCUCUUUCUGAAGUGCACUUGCAGUUACUUGUUAAUUGGAUUUCCAAAGAAAUUACUCGUCUCAAACGUUUGGAAAGCAAAUCAAGCAACGAGAUCCUAGUGGUCCCCCCCAGCCUUCCCCCUGGGAUUGAAGAAGCAGAUUUUGAUUGCAUAUUGUGUAGCAGAAUCUUAUGGAAGCCAGUGACAACUCCUUGUGGACACACCUUUUGUUCUGGAUGUCUUGAUCGAUGUCUGGACCAUACGGCGACCUGCCCUCUGUGUAUGGCACCUCUUCAUGAUCUCUUAUCUUCAUCCCGCUGCAUAUCUGUAGCAUUAAAAGCUAUCCUUGAGCUAAUGUUGCCUGCAAGUUCACUUUACUCUCGUGAACUAUCAGCACGAGCAGAACUAGCAGCGCCAGCUCAUGUGCCAGUAUUUGUAUGUACUGUGGCAUGGCCAGGUGUUCCCUGUCCACUGUAUGUAUUUGAACCUCGAUACAGACUGCUUGUGAGACGAUGUGUAGAAACUGGAGGUCGUGUAUUUGGAAUGGCAGCAGGUUCUGAAGGAGGACAUGGUUUUGUGGAUGUAGGCACUUUGCUUGAUGUGCGAGACUGGCUGAGACUCCCUGAUGGUUGCUCUUUGCUCACUGCAGUAGGAGCAAGACGAUUUAGAGUUAUAGCUCGAGCAGAAAGAGAUGGAUAUUUUACUGCAAGAGUUGAACUUCUCAGGGACAGGCCAUCAGGUCCAGGUGUGAAAGAAUUGGCUGAAAAAGUGAGAUGUAAGGGACAACGAUGGGUAGCAAGUAUGCCUCCCAAUGCAAGAGCUGAAGUAGAGAGAGCCUUUGGUCACAUGCCUGCACAAGAAUCUGGCGAUUAUUGUUGUCCACCUGAUGGGCCAGCUUGGGCCUGGUGGCUAUUGGCUAUCUUGCCAUUGUCACCUCGUUUGCAAGUAGCCAUUCUUGCCACUACCUCUUUAGAAAAGCGACUUCGUGCCAUUGACAAGACAUUGGAUCGCAUUCAGUGCUGUCGUGUCUGAAAAAUCAUAUGCUGAUAACUCAUUUUCAGACCAAGCCUAUUAGCUGUGAUUUUAAUAUGUCCUAACAUGACCUACAUAGUUCCUUUCUUUUUGAGCUUUGUACACUGCGAUGGACUAACAGAAAAAAUGUCAUGACUCUAUGAAGUGUUCCUUCAGAAAUUAUUUUUAGAAAUUCUUAAAUGAAAAGAACUUUCUUCAGUAAAUGUAAUAAAAAAUUUUUGUACACCACUUUCUGAAUAUUGGUAAUAUUUUCGUGAGUCCUACAACAGAAACAAAAUUCAGUAAAAAGUUAAAUUUACAUACUGGAUUACACAAAUUUACUUUUAAAAUAUUAUAAAUUAAUAUUUUUCAACAUUUACUCUUGAUUUAUAUAAGUUAGGAUUUUUAUGUAAGAAAAUAACAUUUCAUCAGAAAAUUUAAAUGAAAUACCUUUUGCCAUGAAGGAAGGAAAAUGUGAUUAUUUAUGAAUUGUACGUUCUUAGAUGAAGUAUUUUUUAGUAAUUAAAUGAUAUUCAUCUGAAUCUCUUAGAAUAUUGAUAAUUUCAUGCUAUGUACUAUAUUUGAGAAGCAAAUGAAUAUGCCUUUUAUUGUAUUGCCAGUGUAUUUUUCUCGUAUCUUCUUCAGGAAGGUUACACUUUUUUAUAAAUCACAAAUCUCUUCAUUUGAUACCAAUGUGACGUUCCUUAAGUUUUAAAAUAAUAAUGUUCUUUCUUUUUGGUGUUUCUUACCAGUGUUUUAAUAAAUUAAACAAAUUACUAAAAUUUAUUUGUAUAAUGAAUUUAAUGGUUUUAAUGAAGUUACUUAAAUGUAAUGAAAUAUGAUUACAAAAUUACCACAAACUUUUUUUUAAUUCAGUACUACUAAUUGAAGAAAAUUGUCUCUGAGCAAUUCAUUACUAUUAUAGUACAUACAUCUCUUUGAGGCAUUUUCAAUUUGCUGUUAGAAAAGGAAAUAAGAGUAUCAUUUAUAUGAUAUAAACAUAUUUCAUUUCUAAAUACAAUCAAUAUGUUCACUUCCUGUUUCAUAUAUGAGAAUUAUCUACACUUUUCAACAAACCUUGAUUAAAUGUUGAAGUUUUUUUUGAAAUUUGUGAUCUAUAAGAACUCAAAAGAUAGGAAUAUACUCUUUGUCAGUAAAGUGUGAUAACUGUCUUUAUUACAUAAUAUUGUGAGACAUGUUCAGAUGGCAGUGCACAAGGAAAAUUGAAAUAUAUUUGUAAACUAAUAUUGUUUAAACGUUAGUUUUAAUGACUAUGAAUAAUUCAAUGGAAUUCAAGAAUUAUUGAAAGACUGAGCAAUGGAGCCACAUAUCAUCACACGACAGGACAAAAAGUCACAGCUGCUCUCAAAGACUGAUUAGGUUCUAGUUUCCUGCUUAGCACGAGACAGACUGAAACUGUGACCUGACAUUUAUAAUAAAAAUAAAUAAAAUUAUACUUCCAGUUUUCAAUUAGGAUACACAUGACUAAUAAGUACAUGUAUGAUAAGCAUUUUAAUUUGAAGUCUGAUAUACAAAAAUUUGUAUUUUAUUUAUUAUUUUUAUAAUUUAAUUUUUAAUAGGUUAGAGAACAGAAUAAACAAUGCAUGAACAAAUGAUGUGAACAAAAAAAAAAAAAAAAAAAAAAAAAAAAAAAAAAAAAAAAAAAAAAAAAAAAAAAAAAAAAACCUUCAAUAUCAGCAUUUUUCUUUUGUGUGUGU